AUGGCUACGGAUCUUAUGCUCCAUCACUCUCCAAAAUCCUCCUCUGAAAACACUCCUGCUAAACGCAAAGCUGCCUCUUCCCGCGACUAUCACUCCAAAGUGAAUGGCCGUGGUCGGCGCAUCCGCAUGCCUGCACUCUGUGCAGCCCGCAUCUUCCAGCUCACCCGCGAGCUUGGCCACAAAUCCGAUGGCCAGACCAUUGAGUGGCUACUCCAAAAAGCGGAGCCUGCCAUCAUGGCAGCCACCGGAUCAGGAACCAUCCCUUCGCUUUCUUCAUCUUGUUCGCUCUUUGUGCCAUCUUCGACUUCAAAUCCGUCCAUGCUCGCGCCAGUUAGGGUUCUGGCGGCUCCGGUAAGGGUUAUGCCGGCAGCACCGGUUAGGGUUUUGGGACCCAUCGAGGAGCAGUUUCCGACCAGGUUUUUGGCGCUUUCUGGAUCCUCCACUGGAGGAGGGGUUUCCAGCGGUGGAUUCCGGCAUAUGCCUUUUACUGCAAUGUUGCUGAGGCCUGUUGACGAUGAGGACAGGGACGGGCCGAUAAUGGAUGACUGUUUUGAACUUUCCAUUAAUGGAAGUUCUGAACUCACGCUGCUGUGA